AUGGAUGGUAUACCAGAGAAGAUAGAUCCAAGCGACCUUCUAUGGCCCGGGAUCUUCUCUGUUGCACGUGGGCCGGCUGCAGUGACCAGUUUGUCAGCACAACCAACCUCCCAUCGCCAGGAUCCACGGGAGCGGGCGGAAACUACAAAGGAUGGCACCCAGUGCACCUAUGGUGAAUGUACCAAGGGUUUCCAGAAACAUCGUCAGCUCAGGAUCCAUGAGUAUGAACACACAGGCGUAUUACCCUUCCCUUGUGAGAAAUGUAACAAGAGGUUCCUGCUUCCCAGCAAGUUAAACAGACAUUUAAAAGUCCAUGAAGGGUACAACUGUCGCCUACAGGACUGCGGCGCCACCUUUGACAAGUGGUCGGUACUGCAGGCACACAUGAAGGAGAGGCAUCCGCACAACACAAGUAAAAUUUGCAUAGGUAAGGGGAUCAACAACAGUUACUGCAAACGGUCUUACACUAAGAUGUCUAACCUGAAGACCCACAUCCAGAGUUACCAUGAGUCCAGACGUCCCUUCAGCUGUACCCAGCAGGACUGUAGUAAGACAUUUGCGCAUGAGAUCUCCUUGAGGAGGCAUGUGAAAGCAGUCCAUGAUGCCAAGACAAGUCUGCCACCUAGGAAGCCCAGAAAGGUGGGGAAAAGGAAGAGUAACUUCGCUUCUCGGCUGACUGGAUACAAAGAGAAGAAAACACCAGCAGAGAAAAACACACCCAGCGAGGAGGAAGACUCAAUAAACCCUGCCUUACUUCUCCCUGAAGAGGAACACACUACAUCAGGCACUAGUGCCCCCUGUGGAGACCUGUGUGAAAUGCAGGCUGACACUUGUCAUGGAGAAGACAGCAGCACAGAUUCUGCUACAGACAGGAUAGCAGAAAAUCGUCAAAUACUCACUGAAGACGCUGCGGAAGGAAGUCUUGUCAUUGGGACUUUAGAAACAGUAGACAAUGUUGAGGAAGGAGACAGGUUAACAGAAAGUCCUCAAAAACCUACCAGGGAAGAAGACAUUGCAGGGGAUAGUCUUGUCAUUGGGACUUUAGAAACAAUAGACUAUCUUGAGGAGAAAGGCUGUACAGAUGUUGGUAGUAGUGAAACUACCAAGGAUCCAGCUACAGCUAAUACUAGUAGCUGUGGUGAAACUACGGAGGUCAAAAGGUCGGAGGUCAAAGGGUCAGAGGGUAAAGGUGAAUCAUCAGAGGAGGUCCAACUGAGAGUAAUGGCAUGACAAGACGGUUCAUCAGAAGUCUUUGGAAGUUGUUUUUUUGUUUCGUUUUAUAAUGUUCAGUUGUACUGAAGGGGUACUUGAUAGUUGUGCAAUUAGGAAAACCCUCUGUGACUAUAUCCAAACUUUGAAAGUUUGCAAGGAUACUAUGUACAUGUAUCUUUGAUAAAGGGUAUACCUAUGUGGAGACAAUUUUUGUUUAAUUUAUAAUUUAAUUUAUAAUGAAAUCAGAAUGAUGCAGAGCCAAACAAUUAUUACCUGCAAGAUAUGUAUUAUUUUUUCUUAUCAAUCUUCUCAAAUUUUUACAACUCUAUCAAACCAUGGAUACUUUGUUACCUUUCUACAUUCAUCUAUCAAAUGUUACAAUAUGUAUUGUAAAGUAAAGUGAUUAUAUACAAUGUAUCAUGAUUAUAUACCAGGAAAUAUUUUACACCUUCCUGUUCCAUGUUUACUCAAUACUUUUGUAUGUUGUACAACUGAUUGGUUGAUAUUAAAC